AUGCUCGAAGAAACCCGCUCGAUGAUAAUGGCAACCCAGGGACUGUGCGGCAGCAUCAAGCAUGCAGCCACAACCCUGGAUGCCAAAUCCAUGUUUCAAAGCCUUGCCGACGAACUUAACCAGCGACGGAUCAAGCACGCCGAACAGAUGAUUGCGAGCGAACAAUUCUCCAAGGCUAUUCCGCAUCUUGUUAGAGUGCUUGAAGGCCAGCCUGGGUCUGAAAAAGAUCCUGGUCUGAUCCGCACGCUUGCUGAAGCUCUCGGUGAAACGGAUCCCAACAGCAAAGACGCCGAGAUUCUACGCAAGAGAUAUCCCAGUCUUGUUCUACAUCUGGAUGCUCAACGUCUUGUUCAGGCCGAAAUUCUCCUCGCAGAACCAAACUUUGGCGGGGUGGUUCGCCUACUUCAAUCUUACGGGACGACACAAGCUGAGGGUUUUGCGUAUGACGAUGUCAACAUUAACAUCCGACUCAUCUUAUCCACUGCUUUGGUUCAGCUUAGCCAGGCGGAAGAAGCCCUACUCAUCUUAAAUCCCCUUUUAGAGAGGGAAGAGCUCGAUCCAGCACAAACGAGCGACGUCCACCGCCUACUUGCUGAGACGUACGCUCUCAAGUCGGAUCUAGAUCAUGCCAAAUCUCACUGCAUGCAAGCCAUCGAGCUCAACAUGGAGGUUCGCGGCCGUGAUGACGAGAGAACCCUCGCAUGUUUGUCGCUCAUGGCUGAUGUCUGUCGCAAGACAAUGGACCCGGAUGAAGAUAUCUGGAAGAAUAUGUUGUCGGAGGGGCCAGAGAGAACUGUCAGGGCUUCAGCGUCCAUUGGCGAAAUCUCGGCGAGCUCCUCCAACCCCGCUCAGAAACUUCACGCAUUGUACCGAAAUAUGCUUGAAAUGGCCGCCAAUGACGUGGGAGCAGCGGCUGUCCUUGGCACCGACUUUCUACGAAACUACUACUACGUCGAUGCGCUCUCUGCCAAAUGGUAUCCAAAUCAGCCCAAAAAGGCUCGUCAAAUCUGCUUUGACUGUAUUCGGCGGAACAUCAUUGAGAUGGUCGACAUGAAAGCUCUGCCCCUGACUCCUCAAACCCCUAAUAUGCUCUGCACCUUCCAUCAAAACCCUGUCGAUACCUGGACCGAGUUCAAAGUAUCGAGUGGCUCUUACUUGCCUUGCUAUUCAUUGUUGUCCAUAGCAGAUCCAAUACUCAGUCAAUGGCCAGGGAGAGACGAGACAUGCGGCUGCGUGAAAGAGAUUGAAUUCCUGCUCACCCUCGGAAGUCCCAAUGACGGAAUGCUGGCGCCUUGA